CACGUGCAGAAAAGCAACAUUAUGAAAUUCUUUCUAUUGCUUGUUGUGGCACUAGUCGCCGUCGAAGCAGCUCCAAAGCCUGCUGUAAUCGUAAAAAGUAGUUCUGCAAGCAAAAGCAGUUCCUACUCAGCCAGCAGCAGUAAAUCGAGCAGCAUUGUGAAGGAUGGCAGCAUUUCCAAGUCCUCGUCUAACAGCGCAGCAAAAAGCAGCAGUAGCUCCUACUCGUCUGCGAGUGAAAUCGUAGAUACUGAUUCAUGUGGCAACGAAACAGGAAGUAGUAACUCAUCAUCGAGUAGUAAUGCUAACUCAUCCAGUAACAGCAGUGCAGACAGUAGCAGCAACUCCUCCGCCAACAGUAAUGCCAAUUCAUUCUCGAGUAGUAAUGCUAACUCAUCCAGUAACAGCAGUGCAGACAGCAGCAGCAACUCCUCCGCCAACAGUAAUGCCAAUUCAUCCUCGAGUAGUAAUGCUAACUCAUCCAGUAACAGCAGUGCAGACAGCAGCAGCAACUCCUCCGCCAACAGUAAUGCCAAUUCAUCCUCGAGUAGUAAUGCUAACUCAUCCAGUAAUAGCAGCGCAGACAGUAGCAGCAACUCAUCUGCAAACAGCAACGCAAACUCAUCUUCAAGUAGUAAUGCUAAUUCAUCGAGUAAUAGCAGCGCAGACAGCAACGCAAACUCAUCCUCAAGUAGCAAUGCUAACUCAUCCAGUGACAGCAGUGCAGACAGCAGCAGCAACUCCUCCGCUAAUAGUAAUGCGAACUCAUCCUCGAGUAGUAAUGCUAACUCAUCCAGUAACAGCAGCGCAGACAGUAGCAGCAACUCAUCUGCAAACAGCAACGCAAACUCAUCUUCAAGUAGUAAUGCUAACUCAUCGAGUAAUAGCAGCGCAGACAGCAACGCAAACUCAUCCUCAAGUAGCAAUGCUAACUCAUCCAGUGACAGCAGUGCAGACAGCAGCAGCAACUCCUCCGCUAAUAGUAAUGCGAACUCAUCCUCGAGUAGCAAUGCUAACUCAUCCAGUAACAGCAGUGCAGACAGCAGCAGCAAUUCGUCUGCAAACAGUAAUGCGAACUCAUCCUCGAGUAGCAAUGCUAACUCAUCCAGUAACGGCAGUGCAGACAGUAGCAGCAACUCCUCCGCUAAUAGUAAUGCAAACUCAUCCUCGAGUAGUAACGCUAACUCGUCCAGUAACAGCAGUGCCGACAGCAGUAGUAAUUCCUCCGCCAACAGUAAUGCGAACUCAUCCUCGAGUAGUAAUGCUAACUCAUCUAGUGAUAGCAGUGCAGACACUAGCAGCAACUCCUCCGCUAAUAGUAAUGCAAACUCAUCCUCGAGUAGUAACGCUAACUCGUCCAGUAACAGCAGCGCCGACAGCAGUAGUAAUUCCUCCGCCAACAGUAAUGCGAACUCAUCCUCUAGUAGCAAUGCUAACUCAUCCAGUGAUAGCAGUGCAGACAGCAGCAGCAACUCCUCCGCUAAUAGUAAUGCAAACUCAUCCUCGAGUAGUAAUGCUAACUCAUCCAGUAACAGCAGCGCAGACAGCAGCAGUAACUCUUCCGCUGACAGUAACGCAAACUCAUCUGCAAACUCAUCCGCAAACAGUAAUGCAAAUUCUUCCUCGAGUAGUAAUGCUAACUCAUCCAGUAACAGCAGCGCAGACAGCAGCAGUAACUCUUCCGCUGACAGUAACGCAAACUCAUCUGCAAACUCAUCCGCAAACAGUAAUGCAAAUUCUUCCUCGAGUAGUAAUGCUAAUUCAUCCAGUAACAGCAGUGCUGACAGCAGUAGUAAUUCCUCCGCCAACAGUAAUGCAAACUCAUCCGCCAACAGUAAUGCAAACUCUUCCGCCAACAGUAAUGCAAACUCUUCUGCCAACAGUAAUGCAAACUCUUCCGCCAACAGUAAUGCAAACUCUUCCGCCAACAGUAAUGCAAACUCUUCCGCCAACAGUAACGCAAACUCAUCCGCCAACAGUAAUGCAAACUCUUCCGCCAACAGUAACGCAAACUCAUCCGCCAACAGUAAUGCAAACUCUUCCGCCAACAGUAACGCAAACUCAUCCGCCAACAGUAAUGCAAACUCUUCCGCCAACAGUAACGCAAACUCAUCCGCCAACAGUAAUGCAAACUCUUCCGCCAACAGUAAUGCAAACUCUUCCGCCAACAGUAAUGCAAACUCAUCCGCCAACAGUAAUGCAAACUCAUCCGCCAACAGUAAUGCAAACUCAUCCGCCAACAGUAAUGCAAACUCAUCCGCCAACAGUAAUGCAAACUCUUCCGCCAACAGUAACGCAAACUCAUCCGCCAACAGUAAUGCAAACUCUUCCGCCAACAGUAAUGCAAACUCAUCCGCCAACAGUAAUGCAAACUCAUCCGCCAACAGUAAUGCAAACUCUUCCGCCAACAGUAAUGCAAACUCUUCCGCCAACAGUAAUGCAAACUCUUCCGCCAACAGUAAUGCAAACUCUUCCGCCAACAGUAACGCAAACUCAUCCGCCAACAGUAAUGCAAACUCUUCCGCCAACAGUAACGCAAACUCUUCCGCCAACAGUAAUGCAAACUCAUCCUCGAGUAGUAAUGCUAACUCAUCCAGUAACAGCAGUGCCGAUAGCAGCAGUAACUCGUCCGCCAACAGUAAUGCGAACUCAUCCAGUAACAGUAGUGCAAACAGCAAUAGCAACUCCUCUGCGAAUAGUAGUGCAAACUCGUCCGCAAAUAGUAACGCUAAUUCAUCUAGUAACAGCAAUUCAGGAAGCAGUAGUGACUCGUCCAGUUCUAGCAAUGCUGCAAGCAGUAGCAAUUCCUCAUCUGAUAGCGAAUCUGACUCGUCAAGCGAAUCAUCUAGUAGAUCCUCUAGUGCCAGUAGGUCGUCUAGUGCCAGCAAGUCAUCUAGUGCUAGCAAGUCUUCUAGUGCCAGCAAAUCUUCUAGUGCCAGCCAAUCUUCUAGUGCCAGUAAGUCCUCCAGUGCCAGUAAGUCUUCUAGUGCCAGUAGAACAUCUAGUGCCAGCAGGUCUUCAAGUGCUAGCCAGUCUUCUAGUGAAUCUAAUUCUGCAAGUAGUAGCGAAUCUGCUAGUGGCAGUAAAUCUUCUAGUGCUAGCAGGUCUUCUAGUGCUAGCAAAUCUGCUAGUGCAAGUCAAAGUUCUACUGUUAGCAAAAAUGGCAGUAUUACCAAGUCGUCCAGCGCAAGCAAAUCUGCAAGCAGUAGUCAAUCUGCUAGUAGCUCUAAAUCUGUAAGCACCGCUUCUGGUGUGGAACGGUCUAGUUCAAGUUCCAGAUCGAGCUCAAGUUCACAAUCUAGUUCAAGUUCUCGAUCUAGUAGUACCGAGAAGGAAAGUUUGGCUGCCGUUCAGGCUGGCUUGAUCAGGCCGAGACCUAAACCUGGGUCAUGGAGUCACAGCGAUUCCCAGAGUAGCAGCAGUUCUUACUCAUCUAGCAACAGUGAAGAGAAUUGUAACGGAAAGGAAAUCAGAAGAUCAGAAUCGGAGUCAUCAUCAAACAGUAGAUCAGACAGCAGCUCCUACUCUUCUGGAAACAAGAAAUCGAAAAGCGAAUCUUCGAGUUCCAGUUACUCUGCAAGCAGUAGUCAAUCCUCUUCUGGAAAUGAUUCUAACGCUUCAAGUUCCAGUUACUCAGGAAGUAGCAGUGAUGCAUCUUCUUCAGGAAAAGAUUCAAGCGCCUCCAGUUCUAGUUACUCCGGAAGCAGCAGCAAUGCAUCUUCUUCAGGAAAGAAAUCUAACGCUUCAAGUUCCAGUUACUCAGGAAGUAGCAGCAAAGACUCCAAUGCCUCAAGCUCCAGUUACUCAGGAAGCAGCAGCAAUGCAUCAUCAUCAGGAAAGGAUUCCAGUGCAUCCAGUUCUAGUUACUCAGGAAGUAGCAGUAACGCAUCCUCUUCUGGAAAAGAUUCCAGCUCUUCCAGUUCCAGCAAUUCAGAUAGCAGUAGCAACUCUUCUUCUAAAAAGAGCAAGUCUAGUUCUUCAUCUUGGAGUUCCAGUAGUUCAGAAAGUAGUAGUACCUCUUCUUCUGAUGGCAAGAGUUCUUCUCGUUCUGCUAGCAGCAGUGAAGCUGCAAGUAGCUCAUACUCCUCUAGUUCAUCAUCCGGCAAAAAGGGAUCUAGCUCGUACUCUAGUUCAAGUUCUCAAUCUAGCUCAAGUUCACAGUCUAGUAGUUACGAAUCAAGCAAUCAACAAGAGGAAGGGUGUGACUAA